AUGGGUGCAUCCGACUCAAAACUCUCCUUCAAGCAAGGCGUCUUUCGCCUGUCUGAGCCCAAGCAAAUCCCCGCCGACGAUGCUUAUUGGACCGGCUUCUGGGAGCUGCCUGAGUCGACCGAGGAUGUCUUCUCGCUCUUCUCGCCCGCAGACAUUCGCCGCACCCGCGACAACAACCUCGCCAAUCUCGAGACGCUCAUCCUCGCCGUUACCUCGCGCUUGAUCGUCCUACGCAAUCACCCCUCUUUCCCCGACCCUGAGCUGGCCCCGGAGCGCGAUGCCCUCAAUUGCAUACGGGUGCUGACGCGACUGCUGCCCUUUUUGUAUGAGGCUGAUCAUCUAGAGACAUGGGAGGACCAGUUCUUUUGGGCUGCGCGGCGGAAGCGCAGUCGGCGGGGCCAGCUGGUGCGAAGCGAGAUCAUCUUCGACGAGGCCGACCCUGAGCAGACGCCAACGGAGAAGGAGCCAGAGUUCGAGAAAGCCAAGCCGCUGGCCGAGGAGAUCAUCGACACGCUGAUUGACCUGCUCUUCUUCUCCGAGUUCACUCUUCCCAAGGUCGCAGCAGGCAAGAACAAGGUCACGUAUGCGAUAUGGCAGAGCGGUGUGGGCUGCAACACGCCUGUCGCCUCCACCAAGGAGUUCGAGAGCAACAGGACUGAGAUUCUGCGCUUGCUGCUUACUCUAGCCAGCAAGUCCAUGUACAUGUCGGCGGGUGUGCUCCCAGUCAAGGGCGUCAAGGCCAUCACGUACAUUGCGACAUGUCCCGAUAAGCAGGUCGUUCUGUCUGUUCUCUGCUCCCUCUUGAACACAACCCUCAAAUACAACCCCGCUACAUGGCGUGUACCAUACGAUCACGUUGUCUUCAAGGACCAGAGACAGGUCCUGGUCACGUACUGCCUGCAAUUGCUCCUCGUACUCAUCCUGUACCCUAUACCCGAGUCUGGCAACGGUCCAGCACCCAAGAACUUCUUCCGCCAUUUUCUUGGCCGUCUGCAUCGUCCCCAAGACUUCCAGUUCCUGGUGGAUGGCAUGACGAGGAUACUGAACCAGCCGCUCCAAGCCAACACCUCAUACCUGCCUGGCAGUCACAAGUCACUAACCUGGGCACCCGAAAUGAUCAUGCUCUUUUGGGAAGCCCUGCAGUGUAACAAGCGCUUCCGCUCCUUCAUCAUCGAUACCGACAGAGCCCAUGAUUUCGUCGUGCUGGUGCUCUACUACGCCAUCGAUCAACGCAACGAUCCGUCAAAGCAGGGCCUUGUGCGUAUGUGUAUCUUUGUACUCCAGACGUUGAGUGUCGAGCCACAAUUCGGCAAGAGCCUUAAUAAGACGUUUGAGGGACAGGAGUCACUCCCAGCUAGUAUACGGAUACCCAACUUUCAUGGCACCUACGCCGACUAUGUUAUCACGUCCAUCUAUACCCUACUCACCACUGGUAAAGGCAGGUUAGACGCCAUCUACCCUGCGUUACUUGCAAUCCUCAACAACAUCGCGGCUUACGUCCAGAACAUCGGACGCGCCUCGAGCUCUAAAUUGCUCCAACUAUUUGCGUCCAUGUCAUCACCUAGUUUCCUUUUCGCAAACGAGAACAAUCAUACUCUUCUAAACUCACUAUUAGAGGUUCUUAACGCUAUGAUCGAGCACCAAUACCAACACAACCCGAAUCUGGUUUACGCUAUUGUACGAUCGCGGAAGAGGUUCCAGGCACUGAGAGACUUCACCCUAGAAAGCGGGCAGGAAGAGAUUGAACGCCAAAAUCAGCAACGCAAGGAGGGUGGCGAAGAUCUUACACGCACUAGCUCUAUCGACAGUCUCAGAAGUCCUACGGUAGCCAGAACACCUACUUUGGGGAACGUACCGGAAGAGGAUAGUGCUUUCGCCAUUGGCGACGAUGACGAUGACGACUCGGAUGCAGAAGAUGCACGACCUUCAGAGCCAUCAAGGUCUCCAGUGCCGUCGCAAUCGGGCGCUUCUAGAAGCGCGUCGAUAGCGUCAUCUGUAGAAGACUCUGUGCCGUCUCAGGUAAGAGGCAUGUCAGAGAAAGCAAGAGGCAAGAUGCCAGUAGGCCAACCUGCUUUCUCCCGGCAGAACAGCAUGACCAGUCUCCAUAGUGCAGCUGGUCCAGCCUUCGCCACCAAUGAGUUCUUCACACCAUCAGUCCCCUGGUUGGAAGGAUGGCUUUCGGAACUACCGCUACAUACCAUACUUAUGCUAAUAUCAGAGCUCGGUCCAAAAAUGCCUAGCUCAGGUAACUCGAAUGACACGGCAGCAGCGUUGAAAACCAUUCGUGAGACUGGGGUACGCGGAAUCGAACCUUCGCCUAUCAGGGUGCAUCUCUUCGAAUGGUCAGCCUUGUCUCUGGGCUGGUACGAGUCGCUACUCUGGGGGUUCGUUUUCGCGGCCGAGAUGCUCGUAGCCAAGGGUACUGCUGGGGUUUGGAACAACACUAGCAUACGAUUGUUCAAGGUCCAAGAAGUUGGGGCCACGGCUCCUUCACUCCUGCAGCCAAGAGGCGCUGUAGAUGCGGUAGGGAGUAAUCUUGUGCAGCGAAUUGGCUCCCUCAACUUGCGCGGAGUUACAACUCAGGCUGCGCAACGCUCUCCAGCGAGCAGCGGUAAUGCCGGCGCCAACACAGUUAGAGAUGUGUAA